AUGAAAAAUAACAGAUAAAAUUUUAUCGAUUUGAUCAUCCAUCUUCUCGAUUUGGAGGAACAAAUAGAAAAUACUAAAAUUCAUAUGGCUUCUAAUGAGUAUUUUACAUUAUAUAGAGCAUUUUAAAUUAUUGAUGAACAAAACUCAAAUUAAAUUACACUAGAUGCAAUUUCAAAAUUAAUUUCUAAACCAAAAGAAUAAUGUGAAUUAUUGAUUGAUUAUUAUUCUGAAUUUAAAGACGUAAAACUAUCUUUCGCUAAUUUCAUGAAUUUAUGUUUGCCAAGAAGUAAACCAUAAUUAAGAGCAUAAUUAACACAAAAACUCUAAAAAACAAUAGGUUCACCGGAAGAAUAAGAAUUAAUAAAAGAGCAUUUAUCAAUUCUGAUAGCAAAUGAAAUUUAUUUUUUGCUUUAGAUAUAACAAUUCCCAAUAGAAAUAGAGGGGUUGUUAGAGUACCCAUUCAAAUAGAAAGAUUUAAAUUAAUUAGUAAGUGAUUUUGGUUAUAAAAUAAAUACUGAAGCAAUUUGGAGAAGAUUAGAUUUUGAUUAGAAUGGAAUUGUUACAUAUGAAGAUAUGAAGAAAUUAUUUAGAUAAUAGGAAUAAGGUAUGGAGGACAAUUAAAAAGAAGUAGAGAUGGAGUAAUUAAGAAAUAAGGAUAUAAAAUUGGGAUGGAUAAAUAAUAAAUAAUGUUCAUAUCAUUCAAAUACAAAAAAAUUUCGAUAGGGAAUUAAUAAUUUUUAAGAAUUUGAAAAAUAAAAGAGUAUUUUGAGGUAAGAAUAUUAAUAAGGUUAGAUAAAAUGAAUGGAAAUAGAUAAGAAGUUUUCUGUAUUUGAUAAAGGAACAUAGUUAAAUAUAUUAAUAGAUAGAGUAAUUGUUGUAGAAAUUAAAUAAAUUUGAAACCAUGAAGUUAUUUGAUUUGUUAAGUAUAAAUGAUAGAUUAGAAUUUUAAUAUUUGCAGAAUAAGAUUUAGGAUAUUGUAGGAUAAGAAUUUAUGCUGGAUUAUUCAGAUGUUGAGUAAUUGAUGAAUUUUUUUGGUGGAUAAAGUUAUGAUGAAUUCAAAAAUUCAUUAGAGUGCAAUAGAAUAUUGGAAAGAAAGCAACCAAUAAAUAUGAAUGUUUUGAAGAUGCUGUUUAUAAAAUUAAUAUUGUUAUUACAAUUAAGUAGAUAUUUGAAAUAAUAAUACAAAAAGAAAGCAUUAAUAUAGAACAAAGACUUGUUGAAUGAGUUUGGAGAAUUCUCACAAUCAAAUGUUUUGUUGAUGGCUAGAAAGGCAGAGGUAGAAUUGAGUUUAGAAGAAGUCAAUGUGUUUUUUAAAGGCUAAGAGGUUCUGGAAGUUAGGAAUGUUAUGAGUUUUUUGAAAUGA